UCUAUUCGAUGGCCACCCGAGGAAUAAUGAACAAGCCAUAAGAUACGGGGGAGGGAAACAAUCGAAGACGGAUGCAGGUCCAGAGCCCGGCGUCAGCACCAGUAAGUAACUUGACCAACCGAUCACGCUGGAGACGGUGAUAGAUGACCCACGGAAAUGGACCGCUGUUCCUUGUUCUUGGGACCGCCCGCUGGUGCCUUGGAGCGCGGUUCACUAGUCAUGGAUUAUUAUGGAUACGUUCGGUGGUAUAAUCUCGCGCUGAAAGGACCAGUCUCUUCCCGUUCGUCUCCAAUUUGUCGACAAUUUCAAGAUGAUGCCGGUGACCUCGUAUACGUUUCUCCGGCAUUGACGGUUAAGAUAAUAGGUACAGUACAGUAUAGCAUAGUUAGUUUGAUGGGUGGAUCACUGCCUCUUAUUCUCUACUAGACUAUCUUAUACACUACAAUCACAAGCGGAGUAUACCUUCCCUAGGAAUUGAUUAAGUCACUACUAGCUGACUAUCCCAUCCGAG